AUGGACUCCUUCACAAGUCUUCCCCCAGAGCUGCGCACAAUGGUUUACAUCCAUCUACUUCGAGAUGGCCUUUCCCGCGGUAGGCGUAUCGUGUACCACCAUAAAGAUGAUCAACACGACAAGCCAGAUUCUUCGUCUGAAGACCAUACAUCCGUCGAUCCUCAGCUAGAGUGUGGGGUAGUAGGAUGGUCUCGCUCAGUCAUGGAUUGCGAGAUGAACCAUCAACGUCGCAUCACAUCUCUAGUAGUUGGCCACCACAAGUACGGACCUGAUGUGUGCAGAAGAGCCGUUCAUCACGCCGACAUCGACGCCCUGCUCGCCCUUGCAAGCACUUGUCACCAGAUCCGCGUCGAGGUGCUCCACAUCGCCUGGUCAAAUGCAGAUAUCACAAUCUAUACACUCAACGAUCGCUUCAAGGACGAUGUCUUCCACAUUUUCGACCGCUGUCUGUCGAAAGAAACCUGCCAGAUGAUUCGAAAGCUGUGUAUCGACGUCGGAAAGGUCGACUGGUCAGCUUCCUAUGCUCAACAGACUGCAAAAUUCAUCACCAAACGACUGCCGGAUCUAGAGAAUCUCACCAUCUGCGUGACCCGCGAAGACACUGAAGACACAGAGCCGGACAUUGGUGACGGGUUGAGGGCCAUCACCUGCCUCCCUUUAAACAUCUUCGUCAACGUCAAAGUUUGCAUUCACCCGUACAACAGNCCACUUCCCCGUCUAGUAAUUUACCUCUUGAAAGGUGGCGAUGUCGACAUGAGCGAUAUAGUGGGUUGGGAGACCAUGACAAGCUGGAAUUACAACCUCUACUUCGAAGGAUUGCGCAACAAAACUCAGAUCCACGCCGCUUUUAGAGCACAAAACGAAGAACGUCAUACUGACGGUUCUCUUUUGUAA